UGUAACUUUUGUUUCUUGGCAGUGAAAACAUUUUGUGUUAGAUCUUUGAUAACCUGAAACUAGAAGAUAUGGGUAAGAUAAAUCAGACUUUUGUGUUAGAAUUUAUUCUUCUGGGUCUUUCAGGAUACCCAAUGAUAGAGAUUAUUUACUUUGUUUUAAUUCUAAUUAUGUAUCUAGUGAUUCUACUUGGCAAUGGUGUUCUGAUCAUAGCAAGUGUCUUUGAUUCCCGCCUUCACACCCCCAUGUAUUUCUUCCUUGGAAACCUCUCUUUUCUGGAUAUCUGUUACACUUCCUCUUCUGUUCCCUCCACUUUAGUAAGCUUAAUAUCAAAGAAAAGAAACAUUUCCUACUCUGCAUGUACAGUACAAAUGUUCCUUGGAUUUGCAAUGGGGUCAACAGAGUGUUUGCUCCUUGGUGUAAUGGCUUUUGACCGCUAUGUGGCCAUCUGUAAUCCUCUGAGAUACUCUAUCAUUAUGAGCAAGAUAGUAUAUGUACUGAUGGCUUCUGUGUCUUGGCUCUCUGGUGGAAUCAAUUCAAUUGUGCAAACAUCUCUUGCCAUGCAAUUGCCAUUCUGUGGGAAGAACAUUAUCAAUCAUUUCACAUGUGAAAUAUUAGCAGUCCUCAAUCUUGCUUGUGCUGAUAUAUCCCUCAAUAUUAUCACCAUGGUGAUAUCAAAUAUGGUAUUUCUGGUUCUUCCACUGACAGUCAUCUUUUUCUCCUAUAUCUUUAUCCUCUACACCAUCUUGAGAAUGAACUCAGCCACUGGAAGACGCAAGGCCUUUUCUACCUGCUCAGCACAUCUGACUGUAGUCAUCAUAUUUUAUGGCACCAUAUUUUUCAUGUAUGCCAAACCCAAGUCUCAAGAACAUGAGGGAGACGAGUGGCAGACAACAGACAAGCUCAUCUCUCUUUUUUAUGGAGUAGUAACCCCUAUGCUAAAUCCUAUUAUCUAUAGUUUGAGGAAUAAGGAUGUAAAAGCUGCCAUAAAAUACCUGUUGAACAAAAAAUCAUUUCAGUAA